AUGAAGUUUUAUGAAGACCUCGCCCGCGGGGCUGGCAUCUUUGCCCUGCUUGCCGUGGCAGACGCAGCCCUGUACGACCAGACCAUCAAGAUUCCCCAGGGAAAGUUGCAGGGUGCAGCUGCCUUCAAUAGCAGCAGUGCACCGUCCACCAUCUCCAACUGGGAGGACAUCUCCGUUUGGAAGGGUAUUCCGUACGCAGGCACCACAGCCGGCGAAUACCGCUGGAAACCACCCCAAUCUGCCCCAUCUUGGAACGGAACCUACAAGGCUACUUCCUUCGGAGCAAGCUGCCCCAGCCAGUCGGCUGGUGACGGUUACAGCGAGGACUGUCUCACCAUAAACAUAUGGAGUCCCGCUACCUCGGCUAAUGCCAAACUACCCGUCAUGUUCUGGUCGUAUGCUGCAGGCGGCGAAUCCUCUCAGUCGACCUAUGAUGGUGCUGGUAUGGCUGGUAAAGAUAUCGUCUUUGUCAGCUACAACUUCCGCACCGGACCCCUGGGCUGGCUCACUCUGCCUGAGCUGGAAAAGGAAACCGGCGCGACGGGCAACUACGGCUUGCUAGACCAGAUUGCUGCUCUCAAAUGGGUUCAUGAGAACAUUGCUACGUUCGGUGGAGACCCCGAGGCCAUCACUGCCGCUGGACAAUCCUUCGGCUCAGGAGCCAGCUACCACAUCCUUAACAGUCCUCUCUCCAAAGGUCUGAUUAAGGGAGUUAUCGCAGAAAGUGGUAUCAAGGACCCAUACGACCCGAAUAUGGUGGGAUACGGCAGUGACUACCGGAAUAUGUCCUGGGCCUUGGAUUUCAGCAACACCUUCUAUGAAUCAUUGAAUGUUUCCAGUCUGGCAGAGCUGAGAGCCUUGGACCUUUCGACUGUGUUGACCGGAACUGGUACCACCGACUUCACCGGCUUUGACCCAGUACUGAACAAUCACUCUAUUCCCCACAAGUACAUCGUUAGCUUGGAGGAGGGAGCGGCGAACAACGUACCAAUCCUGGUUGGUAACAACAAGGAUGAGGACGGCAUCAAUACGACCGCAUCCUACAGCGUGGCAGAGUAUGAAGAGGAGAUCACCGCAAUCUACGGGGACUAUGCCGCCGGACUCCUGGCUCUUCACCCGGCCAACACCACCGCUGCCGCCACGAAUGCCUACAAUGCCAUCUUGCGUGCGGGAUACUGCACCUCCACCUGGUCCUUCGCCAACCGAUGGAGCAAGACCUCCGAUCAGCCUAUUUACUACUACUUGUGGAGCUACGAUCCCUCAAGUAGUGGUGCCACUCAUGGUUCAGAGGUUGUGUAUGCUCUGGGUAACUUAUAUGCUCAGUCCUCAAGCUACAGCGAGACUGACUACGAGGUUUCCGAGAAGAUGUCGUCUUACUGGGCCAAUUUCGUUAAGACUCAGAACCCCAAUAAGGGAGGGUCGAGCACCAAUGGGACAUUGCCGUAUUGGGGGGCUAAUGUUCCCUCGCAAAACAGAGCACUCUAG